AUUCCUUAUUGAAAUAUCAUGGGCAACGAAACUAAACUUUGAACAUAAAAUUUGUGGCCCAUUCUCAGUUCUGGUGUCGUAUAUAACUGAAUUCCAUGGUUCUACACAUCGUCCAAGAAUUUUAAUGGUUGCCGGGAUUAUGUAUGCCACAGCAUCCAUAUUAUUACCAUUGUUGGCGUUAUUAAUUCUACCAAAUGAAUGGAACUUUACAAUAUGGAAUAUGAAAUUCACAUCAUGGAAAGUAUAUCUUGCAGUAUGUGGCACCCCUUGCAUUGUGGGUGGUCUUCUGCUCACAUUAUUUCCUGAAACUCCGCGAUUUUUAAUGACCAAAGGAAGAAACUAUGAAGCCUUAGAAGUAUUUAAGACAAUGUAUUAUAUUAAUACUAGGCAGCCGAGAGACACCUUUCCCAUCAAGGAACUCAUAAAUGAUGCCAACUGCCAGCUUAACAACACAAAGCCAUCAAAUGAUUUACAAACCGCGGAAUCAAAAGUAAAUCAUAAGUUUGAUAUAGAAUCACAAUCGCCACAAUCCAGUCCUCUGAGAGAUAUAUUUUCGAAGCAAUAUUUUUGGCUAACCAUUCGAAUCUUUUUAUUGAACUUUUGCAUUUUGUUGGGACAAAACACCAUGCGUCUUUGGUUACCUCAACUGUUUGCAUCUCUCAAUGAAUAUGAACAAACUUCAACAGAGAAGACCAGUAUGUGUACGAUCCUGGAGUACAGCGUAAACAAAACAGAUUCGUUGAUAAAUUUCAAUGAGGAAUGUAUUGUGGUAAUAACUCCUGCAACAUAUUCGAAUAAUAUUGUGGUGGCAGCUAUAAUAAUUAUUGGAUUUUUGGUAGCCGGAACACUCAUAAAUAUAUUAGGGGACAAAACUAUGCAAGUUCUUGCAGCCGCAAUAUGUGGUACAUGUGGUCUAGCUCUAUAUUGGUCAUCCUCCACUCUGACAACUCUUAUUAUUACAUCAUUGUAUAUGAGCAUGGCGAGUAUAGCAACCUCAUCAUCAGUAACAACAUCAGUCACCGUAUAUCCCACAACAUCAAGAACUAUCAUUGUAUCAUCGGCUAUGACUUGUGGUCGGAUUGGUACAAUAUUGGGAAAUCUUUUGUUUCCAAUGUUAAUGUCAUUGGGUUGCAUACCACCUAUUGUCAUGUUCGCCGCCGUGAUGUAUCUUACCAGCAUUUUGGCUUGCACAAUGCCUAAUAUAAAGAAAAUUGAUCUUAAGUAGCAUUAAGUUUAGUGUAGUUCCAAAAUUUUAAGUUAUUAAUAAAUUAGAGAAUUUUUAAUUUGAAUUAAA